GUAUCUAACGUAUCACCAGUUAGUAUGUCAACACUGUGACUGAAAUGACAGAUGUUCUUACUGAUAAAAAGGUUGGUUGAAGAUGCGAGUGACUCAACGAUUUCACAGACAUUUCUAUGAUGAAUGAACCCAAAUUAAAUUAUCAUUCUGUCAUCAUGUCAGAGGUGAGUUGAUGCUGUACUUUCCUGCUGCUUCUCCUCUAUCCUGCCAAAAUAAAAGCAAAACAUGAUUUAAUAAAUAACAAAAGCAGCAGGCAGCAUGUUAACAUUCAGUUUGUGGCAAGAAUCAAGGGUUUUGCAAUAUAAGUUUCUACAGUAACACAGAGGAGGAGCCUGAGAAUCUGACAGAUAUAUAGAGAUUGUGUCAGACUGAACAACACAAACGAUUUAAAAAGAAAACAUUGAUAAAUCUCUGCAGUGAUCAGCUGAGAAAAUAUUGAGAAGAUGGCGAUUAUGGUGUUUGUCGCGGCUCUGCUCUCUGUUUUCACGGGGUUUGUUGUGUCGGUUCCUGAUGGAUUCAAGCCGGUCGACUGUUCUGACCUUUAUAAAGCAGGACAAACAGUCAGUGGGAUUUACUCCAUCUAUCCAGCAGGUGACGUUCCUGUCUGGGUUUACUGUGACAUGAUCUCAGGUGGGAAAGAUGAAGAUAAAGGAGGACGGACGGUGUUUCAGAGGAGAAUGGACGGCCUUAUUAAUUUCUAUCGGCCGUGGAAAGAGUACAAGAGAGGAUUCGGGACCACUGAAGGAGAAUACUGGCUGGGGCUGGAGAACAUGUACCAGCUGACACAUAACAGGAAGUACAUGCUGAGAGUGGAUCUGGAGGACUUUGAAGGAAGGAAAGUUUUUGCUCAGUACUCGUCCUUCUCUGUGGCUCCUGAAACUGAGGGGUAUAAACUGCAUGUUUCAGGAUUCACUGAUGGAGGAGCAGGUAGGACACUUUCAUACUUUCACACUUUUCAGAAGUUCACCACCUUUGACAAAGACUACAACUACUAUGGGAGUACCUGUCCCAAACUGCAACUUGGGGGAUUUUGGUACACAGUAGGAUGUCACCAUACAAACCCCAACGGUGUGUAUUUGUGGGGAGAAGACAACACACGUCAUGCCAUUGGUGUUGUUUGGAAAACCUGGAAAAUCAAUUCUUCUGUCAGUUUGAAAUUCUUUGUAAUGAAGAUCAAACGUGUGUCUUAGAAGCAUAAGUGUUUUCAGGAGCAAAUUAUCUGCUAUUGUUUCCAAAAUAUAACAAAUGUAAAGCUUCAAGGUUUUACUUUCCUCGCUGUAAGUAAAUCAAUGUAUAUCUUUGGUUUUGUUCUUUUGAUUUACUUUAACAUAAAUAAAUCAAAU